AGAUGAACUCAAGUUUCUCUAAGUUAGGUGCUGAUUUUUUAACUUCUGUUUAGUUCCAUUGGGCUUCAUCUCAAUUCACUUUUUCUGUCUGUCACGGAAUCCCGGAACCUCGUGCGCGGCGCUAACGGACAAACCGGUUCAAGCACGAGACGGUUAAUGGACCUAGGAGCAACAGGAGGUUUUACAGGAGACCAAUACCGGGAACAACCAGGAUUGUAACAGAGACUUUUGAAGCAAACUGCGCGCCUGUGACUCAGUCUGCCCAGUUCUGAUUCAACACCUGCCCGGUACCGACUGGACCCACAGUUAGACCCGGGAUAUCUGCAGUCUGACGCGGGAUAUCAGCUGUCUGAGAGUCUUUCCACCAUCAUGUGUCCCUCAGCGGGCAGGGUGUGUGCUCGCUGCAGCCUGAUCCUGGUUGUGGUUCAGGUCCUGGUCUAUCCUGUGGUAGGAUACAGUCUGGAUCAAGAGCACAGUCUGGAGUUCAGUGGCCCCCCAUCCUCCAUGUUUGGAUACUCAGUCCUGCUUCAUCAUCAUGGAGCUCAUCGCUGGUUGGUGGUUGGAGCCCCAGUAGCAAACUCGUCUUCCAGUCCGUCGGUUCAAUCUCCGGGAGCUGUUUACCAAUGCAAUAUCACUGCUGAGCCCCACCGAUGCCACCACAUGACUGAUGAGGUGCGGAGCUGUGGGAUGACGUGUGAAGCAGAGAGUGAUCACCAGUGGCUAGGAGUCAGUCUGUCCAGGCAACCUGGAGACAAAGGAGGACACAUCCUGGCAUGUGGUCACCGUUGGAAGAACGUCUUCUACUCCAAGAAAGACAGUCAGAACCACAAGCUGCCUAAUGGAGUCUGUUAUCGCUACAGCAAUGACCUGAGACAUGCCCAGCCUAUUUUCCCGUGCUACAGAGACUACCAGAGGAAGUUUGGUGAGGAUUAUGGGUCAUGUCAGGCCGGUAUUUCCAACUUCCUGACAGAGGAUCUGAUCAUCAUGGGGGCUCCGGGGACAUCUUAUUGGAUGGGUUCAGUUCUGGUCUUUAACACGUCCAGCCGGGGGAUGUCAGUGUACCUGGAUGACGACUCUGGAAACGUCAGCUUUGGAAGCUACCUUGGUUACUCUGUCGGAGCCGGUCACUUCCUGAGUCCUACUUCUGUGGAGGUGGUGGGUGGAGCUCCGCAAUACAACCAGAAGGGCAAGGUCUUCAUCUUCUCAGUAGACAACAACUUGCUGCGUGUCGUCUCCAAAGUGUCCGGAACAGAGCUGGGAUCUUACUUCGGCUCCAGUGUCUGCGUGGUGGAUCUGAAUGCUGAUGGUUUGUCAGAUCUGUUGGUCGGCGCUCCCAUGACAACAGGUGUCAUCAGGGAGGAGGGAAAAGUCCAUGUGUACAUCAACCAGGGCCAGGGGAAGCUGAUGGAAGCAGAGUUUCAGCUGACUGGCAGCAAUGCCUACGCCGCCCGGUUUGGAAGUACCAUUGCUGACCUGGGAGACCUGGACGAUGACGGUUACCCCGAUGUGGCAGUUGGUGCCCCACAGGAAGAUGACCUUAAAGGAGCCGUCUACAUUUACAAUGGCAGGAAGGAGAGCAUCUCACCAACUCCAUCUCAGAGGAUUACAGGAUCCACCCUGGGUCGUGACCUCAGGAUGUUCGGCCAGUCGCUGAGCUCUGGCAUUGACAUAGAUGAUAACGGCUACCAGGAUGUGGCGGUUGGUGCGUUCCUCUCAGACUCGGCCGUGGUGCUCAGGACUCGUCCAGUGAUUCAGGUGAAGGCGUUUCUGACUCUGCCUGAGCAUAUUGACCAGCGGGUGGCGCUGUGCCCAGAACACAAGACUGUCUGCUUCAAUGUUACUGUCUGCUUCAGUGUCAGGUCCAGACAUUUCAGAGGAAUGAUAGAUCUUCAAUAUAAUUUGACCUCUGACCUCCUUCAUAAACCAUCCUUCCCUCAUCGUUUCUUUUUCCAUGGUAACGGGUCAUCCAAUAGCACGAGGGGGCGUGUGAGGGCACGACACGGCCAGCUCACUUGUUCAACACACGUGGCUUACCAAAGGAAAGAUGUGAGGGACAUUUUUACUCCAGUCCAGUUUGAGGUUUCCUACAGUCACAAAGAAACAAAUCCCCACAGAGCCUCUUCCAAAACUUUCCCACCAUUAAAACCCAUUCUGCAACAGAGCGCAGGACACCAGAACACAAUCACCAACCAGACUUGGUUUGCUCGUUCCUGUUCUCUGGUAAACUGUUCGACCAACAUGCAGCUCUCUGCUCAACUAGUGCUGCCACAUCAGCAGCAGUACUUUGCUCUUGGCUCUGGACAGACCAUCAUGUUGAAAACCUUGCUGCUGAACUCUGGAGACGACGCCUUCCUGCCGCGACUGACGCUGCGUUUCCCCAAAAACAUCCACUACAUUAAAGUUCUGCAGAAUGAGGACAACGUGGUCACUUGUGAAAUUACACAGGAAGCCAGCAGUACAAUGACAAGCGUUAACUGUAGCAUCACCAGCCACCUCCUCUCAGCCCACGCUCAGUUGAAUAUCAGCUUCCUAUUGGAUGUUAACCAGAACAGCACACCUGGUGACAUCAUCAUUCACGUCAACACCAGCAGUGAUAACUAUGAGAGGGAGGAGUAUCUUCAUGACAACUCCAUCAGUCUCCUUCUUCCUCUCAAAUAUGGAGUCAACGUCAACAUCCACGGUUUUGUGACUCCCACCUCAUUUGUGUUUGGAGACGAAGACUUGACUCCAACUGAGUGCUACGCUGAAAGAUUCAACUACACUUACAAGGUGUUGAACUCUGGUCCCAGCAGGUCUGUGGAUACUGUAGUUGACAUUGCUCUACCGAAGAUCCUCGCACCUUACCGACACAGACUGCUGCAGGUGGUCGACUGGCAGACGUCUCACGGUAUGUGUUCGAUAAGUGACACAACUGUUUCAGUCAUCGAGGACUGUGAUGUCCCUGAAGCUUCCUUCAUCAAACAGCUUAUCUUCUUCUUCUCCUCCACCACUACCCGCAGAAUGUUUUGUGGCCGUGGUGAUGAGGUGUGUGAGCGGUUGGUGUGUCGUCUCGGUACGCUGGAGGUGGGAAGAGAUGCCAUUAUCAAACUGGAGAUCAGACUGAACCCUGCUGUACUACUGCAAGCGCCGGGUCGGCAUGGUAUCAUGAGGUUGGAGAGCACAGCAUUGAUGUCAAAUCCCAGAGAAAGUCCUCACACUGUCCUCAUCCUCGAUCAACCAGUAACACAGGUGGUGGUGGAAGCUCUUUUUACCCAGAAACCCUCAACAGCAGUGAAGGUCUUCAUCAUUGUUGUCAGUUUAGUUUUGGGUUUGAUGAUCCUGUCUGCUCUCAUCUGGUGUCUGUGGAAGGCUGGUUUCUUUAAGAGGGAAUUUGAGAAGAAGAAAGAGGAGUUCAACAGGGACAGCUGGGACUAUGUUCCUAAACUCGACAAAAGGGAGAGCACUUCCUAACCCCUGACCUCUGACCUUAGGGUGGAGUUCACACUGUGACUGUGCAACAGUUUUAAUGAGACAUAUGUGCUGAUGGAUGGAGCGCCGUGUAUGAAAAUAUGGCAACUGUUUCUCUAAAACAGUAGAAAAUACUGCUGCUGAAUGGGAUCGGCCAAUGAAGUCUGUCUAGACUGUGUCAGAUGGCCACACUCACACAGACCUGUGUUGAGUGUGACGGACGAUAAAAUGAUAAAAUGUGAACACCUCCUGAACACACACAAAUCUGACAUUUUAAACUAUUUUACCUGAUGUGCCUUCACAAGACUUGCAGCGAUGCAUGGAGGAUCAAUAAAAAGAGAACCGGAAACAAUCAAAUCUUCAUCCAAAUCCUAUUAGAAGGCCUCGGGGCUUCCUGGGAUCAUCUAUGACACUGUUAUUGAUGAGUCUUUUAAUAGGACACAAACUGAAGGUUUGAUCUCAGAGGAUUGAAACCUGGGGCACGUUCAGCCCUGACAAAACAUAGCUAAAUGUUUAUUCAAAUGGAAACGGUGGUGAGUUGACCACCCUGUUGUGUUAUGCAAGCACACUGCACUGCCUUUUUAAUACGGUGGAGUUUAUAUACACGCCACUGCUGAGUAACACUUGACACACCUACCAAAGCCUGUUUCGCACCAUUUCGAGGCAACCAGUCAUUCAACCCCCAAAACCUUAGCAAAACAGUGCAUACUGUCUUCAGAUUGAAGGUGCCCCUGGCCUGAUUGGCUCAUGACUCUCUGGAAAAUCGUUUUGUCUGUGUACGUUAUCUUUCUAAGUUUUUGUUGAGCAACUGGGGCUGUGUUGUACCAUAGGACGUCCGUAGCACACAGUGGAUGCUGUGCAGACAGAAAAGGUAGUCGAUCGAUGGCUGUCGGGAUGUGCUGGUAUAGGACUUACAUAGAAAACAAUCAGCACGGGUCUUUUAAUGGAAGCCGAACGCCACCACUGUGUUUGCCUGUUUUUACCCUGGGAUUUGUUGUUUUGAGUUCUUUUCCCUCUGAAGGCCCAGUCACACCAGCGUUUAAAACAGUGAAAUUUCAUGUCAGAAUCACUAGAUUUCCGUGGAGUCGCAUGAUCUAUGGAUUUGCUCACGGGGCCUACCUUUAUUUGAUAGUGACAGGUAGUAGACAGGAAAUGGGAAGUAGGCGGGUUAUGACAUGCAACAAAGGUCACCCGCCGUUCAACUACCAAGGCACUAAACAUUUAUGAACUUAGACACACGGAUUUGACCAAUAGGAAGCUGCCUUGACAUUGCUGACCGUCAAUAAGUUGAUUCAGAUUCUACACACCUAAUAUUUUUAAUUAAACAUGAAUAACAUUAGAGCCACUCUUUCCACAGGUGUUUUUGCUAAUUACAUUACAAGUUUUUAUAUUAUAGUAAAGCUGUUUUCCCAAUAGCCCAAUUAAUUAACAGAUUCACACUGAAGGGGCGAUGCCAUCCCUUAAAAAACCUCUACAUAGGCUAUACCUGUGAUUUCCUCCAGGUACCCCCUCUCUCCAUGCCCCUCGUUUCAUUCGAGAUGCAUUUCAGGGAUUAGAACGCGUUAUUUUGUUUCCCACCAGAUUUUCGACAACUCUGCUUCUGAUUGACUAAUACUCAUUGCCUCCGUUGGUUAUGGUUAGGGUUAUGGUUAGCCAACCAGAGGCAGAGGAAUUAUCAGAGUGAAAACACCCACUACAUCAACAAGCUUCUGGGACUGCUGUGUUAUUUUCUGGUGUGACCGAGCCUUUACCCCGUCAGAUAUGAUUUCACACUUGUUUACUGUUUUUUUCAUCUGUAGUCCGCUGUGUUUACCUCUGUUGUUAGGAAACAGUUUAUGGAGAUGUACUGGAAAAUCAUUUUGAUGUGUGCAGGAAACAUUGAGAACAGUGUAUGGGUGGGAGCCAAUCGAGCACUUCUCCUUUACUAUCCUCCCUAAAAACAGAUAUUUGACAAUAAGUAAGAAUGAUCAGUUGAAUGUGAUCAGUGAGAUAUUUUUGAACUUGCAAUAAUGAUGUGCCCACAUAAAUAUAUAUACAAUAAUAAUAAUUAAUUUAUAAAGCGCUUUUCAAGAAACUCAAA